UAGCGCGUGGUGAUCUUUGAGUUGCCAGACGUUACCAUGCCCAAAGUUAAGACGACGUCGCGUUCCCGGCAGCAGCGCCGAGAAGGAAAAGGACCAGGACCGACAUCAGGUCUCAUUGCUUAUUCUGGUUCCCUGUGUGCUUACUCAAACACUAAUGAGGAGAGAGGAAGGUGGGACCCAUGAAGCAAUGCAGCAGGACAACUCUUUCCUGAUGCAUCCAAAUAGUUAAAGGUAUCAGGUUCAACACUGGACUUGGUCAACACAUUUUGAAAAAUCCCCUCAUUGUUAACAGCAUUAUAGAAAAGGCAUCCCUGUACCCUACCGAUGUGGUUCUAGAAGUUGGUCCUGGCACUGGUAACAUGACAGUAAAAAUGCUGGAAAAAGUGAAAAAGGUAAUUGCUUGUGAGGUUGAUGUAAGGCUUGCUGGUGAACUGCAGAAGAGGGUCCAGGGCACGCCCUUGGCUAACAAACUCGAAAUUAAAAUCGGUGAUGUAUUGAAAAGUGACCUACCAUUCUUUGAUGCAUGUGUGGCUAAUUUGCCGUAUCAAAUUUCUUCUCCCUUUGUUUUUAAGCUACUGCUGCAUCGGCCCUUCUUCAGGUGUGCAGUACUCAUGUUUCAAAGAGAAUUUGCCCUUCGCCUGGUUGCAAAACCAGGUUCUCCCUUGUACUGUAGGCUCUCGGUUAAUACUCAGUUAUUAGCCCGUGUUGAUCAUCUGAUGAAAGUAGGAAAAAACAAUUUUAAACCACCACCAAAAGUUGAAUCAAGUGUUGUGAGGAUAGAACCAAAGAAUCCACCACCACCAAUCAAUUUUCAGGAGUGGGAUGGUCUGCUAAGGAUUGUCUUUGUCAGGAAAAACAAGACACUUGCUGCAGUUUUUACUUCAAAAGCCGUGAAACAGCUACUGGAACAGAAUUACCGGAUUCACUGUUCACAGAAUAACUUGGAAAUUCCUGAAGAUUUCAAUAUUGGAAAUCUUAUACAUGAAAUCCUCAGAGAUACUGGUUACUCAGAAAAACGUGCACGAGUAAUGGAUAUUGAUGAUUUCAUCAGCCUUCUUCAUGGCUUCAAUGCAAAAGGCAUACACUUUUCUUAAAGAGAUAAAUAAGACGGAAGAUAACUUGAACAUCAUUUUACAAAGACGAACUGCACUAUGUCAAUAAAAAUGUUAGAACUUCA